GCAACGACAACGGCACGACAAUUGCUCGCGAUCGAUUUUCUUCCCCGCCAUUGAAUCACUAAAAACAUGCUGCUCAUCACCCAUAGCUACAUGUGAUCACGCCCCAGUCCACCAGACAAGUGCAAUCACUACGCCGAAUACGUCGUUCCCUUGUUUCUGUGUUAAUUCUUCUAUCCAGUCUCUCACGGCAUCACGGCACCCAUUAACUGGCCAACUAGCCACCCCGCCGAGACAUCCGGGAUAUCGGCCCCUCCAUCCUACUUCUCCGGCUCCCAAACGACCCUCCGCUUUCUACCCCGGGCCUCUUAGUCAUAUCGCCUUACUUGUUUCCGACCUCGGUAUGCCGUCCACCGAUGCGACGCCUGUCCCGGCGGGCGACAACCCCCCGCUCCCUUUAGCCGUCCAGUUGACCGCUCUGCCCCCCUUUAAGCCGGACCUCUACGAACGAGCCUGGUCCUCGAUACCUCACCCGACCCUCCCCCUCCUGGCCACCACCCACGGCAAGACCGUCACCGUAUUCUCCCUCUCCACGCUCUCCGCCCAUAGCACGCUGACCGGGGGUCACUCCCGCUCCGUCCGCUCCGCCUGUUGGAAGCCGAACCUGCCACCCCACCAGCUCUGCCUCGUCACCGCCAGCUUCGACGCCACUGCCGCCCUUUGGCGCUGGGACGGCGAGCUCCCCUUUGCCGCCGCCGCAGCUUCCUCCACCGAUGGCCCCGCCGAACCCACCCUGGAAACCGAAGUGAUUUCCCCCUCCGCCCGAGCAUCACGCCCUUCUUCCUUCGACCCCGACCCCGACUCCGACACAGACCGAGCCGACGACACCAACAACAGCGGUGACGGCAGCAAUAACAAAGACUGGGAGUUCACCCUCGUGCUCGAGGGCCACGACUCGGAGAUCAAAUCGGCCGUCUUCUCCCCCUCGGGCGCCCACCUCGCCACCUGCAGCCGCGACCAGUCCGUCUGGAUCUGGGAAGACAUCGGCGCCUCCGAGCACGACGACGAGUGGGAGACCGUCGCCGUCCUGACCGAGCACGAAGGCGACGUCAAAUCCCUCGCCUGGUGCCCCGACGUCCCCGGCCGCUCCGUCCGCCGCGGCGUCUACGGCCCGGACGUCCUCGCCUCCGCCAGCUACGACUCCACCGUCCGCAUCUGGCGCGAGGACGCCGACGGCGACUGGGUCUGCGUCGCCGUCCUGGAGGGCCACGAGGGGACUGUCUGGGGCGUGCAGUGGGAGCCCCGCCCAAGGUCCGACAGCCGUUUCCCGCGCCUCGUGACCUACUCUGCUGACGGCACCAUACGGGUCUGGACCCUCCGCCAGGAUGAGGAUGACGAGGAGGAGGAGAAGGAGGAGAAGGAGGAGAACGAAGAGGACGGCGACGGGGAAGAUGGUCGAGGGAACCGACGUGCCGCUGGAGCGGGACGAGCAGGGGCAGUCGGUGGUUUCGGAUUCGGCCUGGGCGGCAUCCCCAACACCAUGCGCAGGUCCCUGCGGGAGGAAUGGUACUGUUCCGCCAUCCUCCCUGCCGCCCACACCAGGGACGUCUACUCGGUUACCUGGAGCGCCACCACCGGUCUCGUCGCCAGCACCGGCGGGGACGGCGUCAUUGCCAUCUACGGCGAGGAUGACGGCGCCCAAGGGCCGGACGGGGAUGGCGACGGCAAGGCCAAAAGUGAGCCUGGACCUGGCCAGUGGCGCGUCUUGACCACGAUCAAGAACGCACACGGCCCUUAUGAGGUCAACCACAUCACCUGGUGUCGCCGAUACGACCCGGGUGCGGAGCGCAAGGGAGAGGAGGAAAUGUUGGUCACGACUGGAGACGAGGGCCUUGUUCGUCCCUGGCAGGUGACAAUACCUACCACAUCUACCCCUAUAUAGACUAAGGUAGACGAAGCUGUUCUUGGAAGAUGCAUUCGACAUGAUUACUACCAACACCACUUCCAUCUUCCUCUAGAGAAAAGCAUAUAACAUGUGGCUUAUCUCAAAACCAUGUCACUCACUCAUAGGACAUUGCGGGCAGUUCUAACAAACCAAAAUUCAACAUUGGCAAUGGCUAUACGGAUAACACCUCUUUUUUACACUACACGAGCAGCUUUGUCCCAGCCAGGCACAGGAUUCCGCCCCUUUCCUUUUUUUUUUCCUUCGCUUUUUUUUGGCCCCCGCCUCGGGUGAGUCUUCCCUAUCCCAUCAUACCCUUUGGCAGGAACCAGAGGGGAAUAGAUAUCAAGUCCCGUGGCUGAUCCAAAGUUGCUCCUCCUGCCGUAAACCCCACGGCAUAACUUCAGCACUGGGAUAGAGAGACCAAUGCGUCUAUAAAUGUUGUAGACAACCCUGGUUAUUUUACCCCCC